UAUAAACACAUGUAUAAACACAUGUAUAGUAGCCAGUCCCCAUAUGCUUGCGCGCGCAAUUCGAGGCUAGACAGUCCGCAAAGCACGUGAAGUCAUCUGACCUGACCACCCGCUGAACCCAACGGAUCCAAGCUUGCUCUGCGCGCGCGCGCACGCAGCCAGCCCGCCCGCCCGCCAGCCAGCCACGAGAGAUCUGGCACAUGAUUUCAGGUAUGUGGUGCUGCUCUGCUGCUCUCUGCUCUGCCGCUUUCCUGCUUGCUUGCCACUGCCCGCCGCCUUCCCUCCUCGCUCCAUUGGGAAUCAAUGGCCAGAAUAACAAUUCCACACAUCGUGACUUUGCAACCGUCCCCAGUCAUUUGAGACUCUUUGAAACCCUCCAUCCAAGUAAUCCUGCACCACUGUAUCCUGUUUGGAAAAUUCCUCGUCUUCGCAUCGCCCACUUCACAACAACAACAACAACAACAAUCAUUCACUCACUCACUCACUCACUCAUCAUCUCAUCAUCUCAUCCUGUCCUGUCCUACCCUGUGCCACCCGCCCGCCAGCCCACACUCUCUUCUAUCACAUAUUUCCCUAGCCAGGUACCUCCCUACCUACCUUCCUACCCAGUUGCGCACAACAACAGACAUGUCUCCCAAUGUCGCAUUUAGGCCUACAUGCGCUCUAAAUGAGGGUCAUCCAUAUACCAAGAUGCAGCGAAAUCAAGUUGCAGCCUGACAAGACUCUACUGCAUCUCUAGCACCGUUCAUCCGGGACCGCGCCUGCUCUGGCUGCUUCACUCCCCGUAGAUCGCGUCAUGUGGAGUGCCACUGCAUCAGGCAUUCUCACUCAUAUGGAACCCCUCUAAUUGUCCAACCACGCUUGAGGCGCGCACGAAC